AAACGUGCAGCAGAGGAUGUGCGCAUACAAUUUACUAUCAAAACUGAGACUAGUGAUGAUGCCGAUGUGCUGCUAUUGGAUGUACCCGCACAUGUGGCCGUGAAAGAAUUACCCUCCUGCACGGGCAUAUUGAAGUUGAGAUGUAAGCAGGAGUUGGCUGAGUUGCAAGUGGUUUUCAACUUGGCCGAAGGCUUACGCUGUAGUCAAGAUACACUCGCCUAUGUGGAUAUGAGAGCAGGGCAGGUCGAGACGUUGGAAUUGGACUUUUAUGUGGAUGAUCUGCUGCAUUUGCAUACGGCACGCGUCGAUGUUAUUGUUUCCUUUAUCAGCAAUAAGGGUAUACCGCGCGUCUUGCAACAAUCCGCAUACUUACCGCUAACCAUGUUCUUCAAACAAAAGCAUCCACAAAAGUCGGCUGAGAUCAAACUUACAUACAAUAUUAUGUCGAAAACGCUAACACCCAAGCUAUCUACGUUCUUUCCCGAAUUUGUAGCGAUGGAAAGUGAAUCGCAAGCGCUGGGACUCCUAUUACUUUGCCCGGGCGAUGAGAAACGUGAAGAGGUUGUGACUAUUGUGCUGGCAAAGAACUCCAAUCGUCUGCGAAUACAAUCAGAUACAUUAGAGACACUUCCAAUGAUAUUAGAACGUAUAACGAAAGUGGCUUUGGAAAAUGCGCAAGAGUCGCAUGCUUCAAAGGAUAAACGUGUGAAAAAUGUGAUAAAUCCCAGAGUGAAAACGAUUAUGGCCAAUCCAGCGCUACCAAUCCACUCCAUUUUGCUUAAGAUCGAUCUGCAUCGCGAGACACAAGAGAAUAUACACAAGCAAAUGUUGGAAUUGGAUUUGUUAUUGCAACAAUUUAAAACAUUACAGCGCAGAUUACAGGAUCACUCUGAGGAUGAGUCCAAGGAAACAUUGGUCAUGCAGAUUGAGGAAAAUUAUGAUCAACUCAUAGCUGAGGGUGAUAAAUUAAUGGAAAUACGCAAACAGGAAAAAACGCAACGUUGUGGCCUUAAUUGCGCAAUUUCCGUAGCCACUUCACUUAUCGGCGCGCUACGCAUGGAGGAAAAGCUGGUGAAUGUCAUUUGCGCAGUGCUUUGCACACCGAUUGAGGAUUGGACAGAACUAAGUUGGGAGGAAUCAAUGUCGCCGGGCAUUGAUAUGCUCUACCAUUAUGGUCCCUUAAAUCGCGUGAAGAACAAUGAAGGCAUAAAUGCGAUUGAAACAAAUGUGACGCACGCAAAUUUUGACUACAGUCGAUUUAGACGUCAUAUGCUCUCCAUAUUCGAACGCAUACAACGGGUGGCGGCUACAACAGAGCUAACAGCUGAAGAAUUAACUGCAGCCAAGGCGGAUGAACCAAAACUUGAGAAAGAAAGAGAAGUUGAUAUAAGUGGACUUAGUGAACUGCUUGAAGUAAUGCCCAGCGAACAGCGAUCCAACUUUGCCAAAUCACGUUUGGUCAGACGCAGCGCAUUGGAGGCGGUGGAAGACGACGAUGAGGAAGAGUGUGAUGAAGAUGAUUUGCGCAAAGUUGGCUAUAGAAAAGAGUAUGGCAGUCAACAGAAUAAGACGGGCGAGAAUUCUGAAUGGGUGAAUGAAAAUUACGACUUACCCACGUCGGAAGAGCUAUUCAGUGAUUUGGGUAUUUGGUGGUAGAGGUUGAAGUUGAUUUGGUUACCAAUUUCCACAGAAUGCAGAAAGAUAUACAUUUGUAUAUAUAUUUAUUGGUUUUGUCUUAAAAACUAUCCAAAUAAAAUUUUAUGCAAUUCGGACCACGGCAACCCCUGAAGACUUGCAGUCUAAGUUACCAAAAUAAUUUUUGUGCAAUUCGCGUGUUUUGUUAACCUACUCAUUUUACUUCUUUAUAACGCGGUAUUACUAUACGCCUUACAGUAUUAGGGCUUAAUAGUCAGGAUUUUUUCCAAAGGACCAUUAAAUUAUAUUAUUCAUAUUUCUAAAAGCAUACACAAAAUAUGGAAAUAUUUAUGGGUAUCAAUUAAAAGAAAAAU